GUACAGUCAUAAAUCGGACUCCGAGGAGCCAGGAAGUAUGCAGCGCGACAGAUAAAGUCGAGAGAGCGGGCGUUUGUUGUCAGUGGACGGGGAUCACACGCUUCAGGGUGAGAGGGAAUUAUAGCCGAGUGCGAAAUUGAGCCUAAUCCAUUGCAGUGGCAGAGACUGACCACUCAGUAGUUUAGAUUUGAAAGCGGGGAGAGAUCACGACCCUGCUUACAAUUAGGUAAAUAUUACGUUAGCACAUUGCUACGAAACAAGACGGAAGAGAAUAGAAGCGGGAUUGCUGUUAUUUCACGGCAAAGGUUUGUCUUGCUCACAAAACAAUUAGAAUAAAGGAACAUUUCUCAGCAAAGCUUCAAGAUGCCUCGGGUGGUCCCGGAUCAAAGGAGCAAGUUUGAAAACGAAGAAUUCUUCAGAAAACUCAGUCGGGAGUGCGAGAUCAAAUACACAGGUUUCCGAGACAGGCCGCACGAGGAGAGGCAAGCCAGGUUUCAGAACGCUUCUAGAGACGGUCGCUCAGAAAUAGCUUUUGUGGCGACGGGCACCAACCUCUCGCUGCAGUUCUUCCCAGCCAACUUGCACGGGGAGCAGAGGCAGACGCCCACACGAGAUUAUGUGGACUUUGACCGGGAGACGGGAAAGGUGUACUUGAAGGCCCCUAUGAUCCUGAAUGGAGUGUGUGUGACCUGGAAGGGCUGCAUAGACCUGCAGCGCUUGGAUGGGAUGGGCUGUCUGGAGUUCGAUGAGGAGAGAGCACAGCAUGAGGAUGCCCUGGCGCUAGCAUCCUUUGAGGAGUCGCGUAGGAGGACCCGGGACUUUGAGGACAGAGACCGCUCGCACCGAGAGGACCUGGAGGACCCUGUGGCAUCAAAAAUCUGGGACUGAUGGCAUUCAAGGACCAGGGUCUGUCUUCUUUGCUUUUCAAUGUCCCUCUGUCAUGCACUAAACCCUGUGUGUGUGUGGUGUCUGUUUGAGUGUGUUUAUGAAUCAACACGAGAGCAUGUGCAUGUAUGUGAACAAUUUGAAGUAUCUGAGUCUGCCUGUUUUAGUGCCUGCAUGUGCAGAGAGAGAAUGAGUGAAUGACAGAAAGAGAGAAAGAAAGUUACAUAUGAACUGUAUCUGUUGAGUUAACACACUGUGUAAUGAAUGCUUAGUGAUAAUGUGGGUUCCUUCCCUCUCAACCCCAUAAACUGUCUCAGGGUCAGUCAUAUGAAUAUGCUUUAUGGAUUUUUUUAUGCAUUUUAUGAUAGUGGGACGUGUGCAGGUCAGGACAUCCUACCAGGGUAUAAGCUGGAAGACUGGAAGACAGACCCCCCACACACACUUUCCCCCAGUGCCUAAUGGAGAACAGACCUCCACACACACACCACCCACCCACACCCUGCUGCCGGAGGAGUACGCUGCAAGGCCUGCUGGGACAUAUCUGCCACAGCUUGGCAGCACAUGAUGAGGGAGAGCGAGGGAGGGAGAUCUGAAACAGGGCUUUCAUGUUCACAUCUAGUAUUUCUUACCUCAGAAACAUACCUUCCAGCUCCCUCAGGAAGAAUUGUCUCUUUUCUUCUGAAAAUCUAUAAGGCAAUGCUCUUUAUGAAGAUAGUAUGUAUUGGUCAAAGACAAAUAACAUAUAAUUAUUUUCUCUACUGACAUCGAGCCUGGAGGAGAUAGUCUCAAACAGAACCGUGUGUGGAAGGUGUGCACGUCGUCAACGUAUGACAUAUACUGUAUUCUAAUGGAAGACUUUCCAUGUGUUUAAUUCUCAAAUACUUACUGACUGUGGUGGAAACAUGAAACCCCCUAAUCAUUUUCAUUACAUUUAAAUGGGUUAAAAAAAAAUCCAAGUUACAGUAUGUCGUCUCAUAAACUGCUGUGAUCCAGAAUUUUCUGAUUGGACUGUAGCAUUUAGCGAUUUCUUUAAUUAGUGAAUCCCCUUGCUCUGCUGUCAUCUCAGGGAAGGAGAUAGAUGCUAUUGUUGGUUUUAUUUUAGAUUUGCAUUUGGACAUCAGGACCCUGUUUUUAUGUGAUAUGGGCGCCUGGCCCUUGAGUACAUUCAGCCGUUGCAUUUCUGUGGUCUGAACUUCUACUCAGUCCACUAUAACUCAAGGCCAACAGCACAAUGAUAGUCUGCCAUCAGUGGUAGCUGGGAGGCCUCUUAAGGGUUUAGAAACCUGUCAUUUAGUUAAGAAAUCACAGCUCUUCUCUAGCAGGGAUGUCAGUGUCAGCUCUUGAGAAUGUAUGUCUAAGUACAGCAUAUAAGGUUAAUUCCUCUGCUGUGUGGCCUGUACUUGUUCUGAUCACUGUAUAAUGAAUAUGUAUAAUGAAUAUUGUCCUGGUUUUAUGUUUUUCCUGUGUGUGUGCAUGCGUGCGCAUGUGCGUGUGAGAGCGAUUCAGGACAGGACAGUGAUGGCCAUCUAGAUGAUUGAUCAAGAUAAGAUGGAUGCAGAAGAAAUGGUCCAGUGUUCAUUAGGCCCCAUUCUGCUGGUGGAGUUAGAGGAUGAAUGAUGUGCUGCCAGUAAAAGUAUUAAUAUAGCAUUAGUAUUGAUUUUUAUUAGGAUCCCUGUCUGCCCUGCCUAAUCUCAGCUCUAUUGACUUGUGGUACAGGCUAGAGCUCUGCCGGGUGGCUCAAUGAUCGAUCACUGUGCUUUCCCUCUCCUCUCCAGCCACCCCCACUCCCCCUGUAACUACGACAGCACUCCACUCAGGGCUGGGGCUUUACUGUAACGCUUCUCCUCAAAAUAAUCAUAUUUUGUCUGUAGAGUAGUUGCUGCACUUCACACAGUAUAUUAUUACAUAUAAAAGUUGAAUACUUCCUGAUGUUUCUUUAUAUUACUCCUUAACUCUGCUUGUCUUGGAGGUUGGUCCUGUUCACAUUGCAUGGUGUGUGGCCUGAGACAUUGUUUUUUCUUCAACCAUUACCAAACCGUAACUGGUGUAUUUGGCUCACUGACUCAAGGACAGCAUGACGCCUUCCGUUUGUAAUCUGGGUGAAUAUGAGUGAUAACUAAGGCAGAAGCAUUCGUGUGUAUGUGUGUUUGUGUGUGUGUCCAUGCAUAUGUCUGUUGUUAUCAAAAUCACUCUGCAACUACUGAGUAAAACUUUGAUCGGCCAGUUCAUAAAAUCUUGUUAAGUUCAUAAAAAUCUUCUUAAAUUAUUUAUAUUUAACUAUAGGGCUAUUAAUUGUUUUGAAGAGACUCUAUUUACAUUUAUGAUUCUGAAGUGGAAAAAUGGAUGAGCAUCAGUGUCUCAUUUAGGAUUAAAGUAGUAGACUGAACCAGGGUUAGAAGGAGCUAUUAUGGUGAGUCAUUUGGAUGACGACUACAUGCCAUUUCAGCUGAGAGACCAGCGUCUGCUUUCUCCCUCUGUCUGCCUGUCUGUCUGCCCGUCUGUCCUUCUGUUUCACAGAUAUCUAUGUUGGGAGAGAUGUAGACGCAGACACAUAAACAUAUGUAUCUGUGACAGGCAGACGAGUCAUUUUUUAUUUUUAAAGCAUGUUAUGUUGAAGACUUCCCCGACGACUAAUGACUGUCUGCUAUUCGGCCCAAAAAAGAAAAUCAAUUUUUAGCCUCAGCUGGAAGCUCUCUGGUGCCCUCUGCUGAAUAUACUGUAUGACAUAUACUGCACUCACUUUUGCCCCAUCUAAGGCCAUUCUCAACACAUUACACACACACACUCAUGAUAUUGUGUGCUAUAUUAAAUCUGCCCCCCACCCUCCCUCCAUCUCUCUCUCCCUGUGCCAACAGCCCAGGCGACAGCAAGACCCCAGCCCUGGCACCAACAUGGGCAACAACGCUGAUGAUCACAAGAUUCGCUAGAGGCCAGAGAGACGCAGGGGGUGGGGUCAGGGUGACCUGUCCAUCGUACUAGGCCAGUCUCACACCCUGUCACCAAGCUGUUAACUGGAGAGACCAAAGUCCACAUUGCUAGAGAUUUGGGGGUGGGUGGGGGUGGGGCCGUUUUUAAUUUUAAGAAGGGACUGGGUGAGGUGGGUGUCCAUUUUUAAGUGUGGUGUAAGAGGAUCGACCCAAACCUCCUUGUCUUCGGGGGGGGUUUUGCACUAUCUGAUACAUUCAGUUUAGUACCCACAUUGCCUUCUGUAUGCAUGGAGCACCUGCCUACCUAUGUUUUCUUUUGUCCCUCUAUGCAAGCUAUUUCGGCAGCACUUUCUUUUACAAUGCUUUAUAAAUAGGAAAUUACUGGGUGAUUAAAUGGAACACAUUUGUUCUUAAAUAAUUACAUAUUCUUCCUAAAUUGUUACAUUUCUAAUAAUUCCAAAUAUCUUCCAUCUUCCGUAUUGUUUCCCAUAAAGUUUGUUUCAAAUCAGGUAGCAACCUGAGGAGCACUGAGCAUAAAUGUAUUUCACACUAAAUUCUAAUCUAUUGAUAAUUACAAUCAGAAGUUGAAGCAAUAACAAAGCGUUCACCCUGCCCCUGUUUGGGUAAAAAGCUGAGGGAUGGGGCUAGAAAAAUGUAACCACUCUCAAAUUCAUAGACAGAGCUAUGGAUGCAAGGACUGACUAUCCAUAAUACCAAAAUUAUAGUUUUAACCAUGUUUUGAGGCGGUAUAGUCUCAAAAUGUAUUUAUUUUGUUUUUCGAAACAUCGGGGUAAAACAAGCUUCCCACUGGACACACACUGAUUAAAUCAAUGUUGUUUCAACAUAAUUCAAUGAAAUUACGUUGAACCAACGUGGAAUAGACUUUGAAUUGAUGUCUGUGCCCAGUGGGUUAUAUUUUGGGUUCUGAUGCGGCUAGACAGUUGAACUAAGCUUAUGAGGCAUUUAUAAAUUACAUUCUUCAAGAAUCAAUGGGUAUGUAUCAUUAAUUUUCACUACAUGACAAAAAGUAUGUGGACACCUGCUUAUCAAACAUCUCAUUCCAACAUCAUGGGCAUUAAUAUGGAGUUGGUCCCCCAUUUGCUGCUAUAACAAUCUCCAGGUCGGGCACUGAUAUUGGGCGAUUAGGCCUGGCUUGCAGUCGGCGUUCUAAUUCAUCCCAAAGGUGUUCGAUGGGGUUGAGGUCAGGGUUCUGUGCAGGCCAGUCAAGUUCUUCCACACCGAUCUCAACAAACCAUUUAUAUAUGGACCUCGCUUUGUGCACGAGGGCAUUGUCAUGCUGAAACAGAUAAGGGCCUUCCACAAACUGUUGCCACAAAGUUGGAUGCACAGAAUCGUCUAGAAUGUCAUUGUACGCUGUAGUGUUAAGAUUUCCCUUCACUGGAACUAAGGGGCCUAGCCUGACCCAUGAACAGCCCCAGACCAUUAUUCCUGGCACUAUUCAUUCGGGAAGGUAGCGUUCUCCUGGCAUCCACCAAACCCAGAUUUGUCCUUCGGACUCCCAGAUGGUGAAGUGUGAUUCAGCACUCGCUGGUCCCGUUCUGUGAGCUUGUGUGGCCUACCACUUCGUGCCUGAGCCGUUGUUGCUCCUAGAAGUUUCCACUUCACAAUAACAGCACUUGCAGUUGACUGAGGCAGCUUUAGAAAUUUUACGAACUGACUUGUUGGGAAGUUGGCAUCCUAUGACAGUUCCAUGUUGAAAGUCACUGAGCUCUUCAGUACGGGCUGUUCUGUUACCAAUGUUUGUCUAUGAAGAUUGCACAUCCACUAUUAUGAAGGGGUGUCCACAUACUUUUGGCCAAGUAGUUUAUAUGUCCAAAAAUGAAUGUAGCAACUAUAGUUUGGAAAUAGGCCUUUUUUGGUUCCAGGUAGAAGAACCAUUUUUGAUUUCAUGUAGAACCCUCUGUGGGAAGGGUUCUACCAAAAGGGUUCUAUCUAGUUCCAGAAAGGGUUUUCCUAUGGGGACAGCCGAAAUAACCCUUUUAUGGUCCAGAUAGCACCUUCAAGUACAAAUAGUUACCAAUCAAUCACCUAUAUAUUUUGUAUUUAUAAAGGACUAUAAAAGAUUGCUUAACAGCUAUAAUUUAUCAUAUUAUAGCACUAUUUUAAUGAAAUUGUAUUUUUUAUUAUUUUAUUCAUGUUUUGUGUGAAAGUCAUGAUGUUUACUUUUUUAAUUUCUUUUCUCUAUAUAUAAAUACUGUAUUUGUAUGUCUUUAUGCUAUCGUAAGGGAUAUCAGUAGAAUGUGUAAAGUUGUGUUCAAGAAAAGUUACUUCUUCAAAGAGACUGUUGAUUUGCCGGAUGAGGAAGGUCUAUCAACCUCAGCGCUUUCUGUCUUCCUGUCUCCUCCAUGUUAGCAGCAUAUUUUAACAGUCUUUGAACAUGACUCUAGCAGCACAUAGCGCACAAUGAGGUCAGUGUCUCUGAGCUCGCUCUUUGGAAGUCGAGGCAAAGAGGCUUUCUCCUCUGCAUUGUUUUUUUAUUAUUCUCUUUAUUUCACGUUUCAUCCAGAUCCGAGUUUGUAACGUCUAAGCAGUAACUUUCUCUUUUUUUGAUCCAUUGCGGCUUCAUUCCAGAGGUUUGUCGCACAUUUUGAUCCAGCUCUGGGAUCUAUCUCCCUGAAAAUUAUGCAAGGACACAGCAACAUUAUCUCACUAACUUAACCUCCAGUUUUGUUUGGUAUGUUUCAGGUAAUCUGAAUAUCUUUGAGUUUCAUCAACUAUUGUGCUGUUGUCAGUGUUUCUUCCUCUUUACGGGAAUACAGUUUUAACAGUUCAUUCAUAUGAAUUUGUCUGUACUGGGGAUUUAGAGAGAGCAACAUCUUUAAAGAGAUUGAAGACUCUCUAUUGCAAUAAAUGAUGUGUGUAAACCCUGAAUGGCUAACACAGGGCGCUGUAUUGAAGCCACCAUGCAGCCAUCUUGGUACUCCUUCUCCGUUGUAAAAGAUUUAGGAAGGUAUAGAAAUGCAUUUAUUAAUGCCUACAUUUGUUUUUUACACAUUUAUUCUAUUACAGACACAUUAACGCAUACUUUUAAAUUAUAUGCGAGUUAAACAUUUUUUUUAAAUGAAUCAUCUCUAAAACCUUUUUUUAGAGAGUACUAAUGUUACUGUCCCCACUACAACAAAAAAAUACUCAAAUACAUGUAAUUUUGACCAUACAUUUUUUUCUCUCCAAAUACUGUAGAAUCAUUCAUUCCUAUAGAUGUGGUAAAGAGGUCAAUCGAACUUGACCAAAACAAUGGAAAGGGCCAUGGGGGAAAAAGAGCCUACAUUUAGGCUAUUGUUUAUAUGUGUAUUUCACACUAUGUUGAGGUGAAAAUCGCAGUAUAACGCUUUUAUGGAUGUCAACCCCAACACACGUUCAUGUCAUCUUUACCAAUAAAUUGCAUUACAGUUAAAAACGAAUUUGACUAACACCAACGAUUUCUGUAUGCUAUCUAUAUUUCUGUAUGCUAGCUAUAGUUCUGUAUGCUAGCUAUAGUUCUGUAUGCUAGCUAUAUUUCUGUAUGCUAGCUAUAGUUCUGUAUGCUAGCUAUAUUUCUGUAUGCUAGCUAUAUUUAUGUAUGCUAGCUAUCCUCACCAGCUUAUACGAACAGGAGUUAGCAUAUAGCAGUCACAUCUUCUAAACCUGAAAAGGGUCAACUUCUACAGACAAAUAUAUCCAUAAUCUGACUUAAGAAACCACAUUGAGUACCUACUACAAUACGUAUAUAAUGACGGAUUUGAUGAAUACUCACUUUGUUAGAUCAGAUUUGUUGACUGUGCCCUUAUCUGGCAUAUGGAACGUCUGCAUUCCAUUGACUCCUUUAACACAUCUAUGGAGGACUGCUCCUACUGGGUAGUGCCAAUAUGGUUGACCGGUGGCUUCAAAGGCUCUCAAUGGCCAAUACAUAGAAUCAGCAAUCCAGGGUUUAUAUAAACCAUUGAUUGCAAUCCAGCACUGUUUCAACCAGUCAUGAAAUAUUGGGAUGAAAUAGACCAAGAGUCAGUCUGGGGCUCAAUAAACUGCAUAUGAAAUUAAAGGAGAGCUCUAUGCUCAAGUCUAGCAGCAGUGAUGAACCUGUGGUUUUCUUCCAAUAAUUUCUAAUGCAUCAGCUCAGUAUUUUAUUCAAAGUUAAUUUGCUUUCAUUUGAAGAAAGAGGAAAGGUGGAGGAAGAAGCCUAUGUUUUGUAAAGGGACAAACGUUAGACACAAGUUGUAAGAUGUUGUUGUGCAGGUCAGAAAUAAUGGGGUUUAGGUGGACAGGGGGAGAGGCAGUGGGUUGUCACACUUUGCUAUCGAAGCAAGUUCUAAUUUCAUACUGCAUGGGAUUGUAUUUCCUUGAGUUAGGUUCUUAUGUUUUUAUCCCAAAUACUUCUAUAACACAUAUUUGCAUAAUGUUUCACAUCCCACUAAUGAUGCCGUUCUUUUGCAUUUACAUCUCAUAAAAACAAUGUGUAAGGCCUUAGCUUGUUGCUUUAGUGUAUCAAAGAUUUACACAGUCAGUCAUCUCAAGGUAGCAUACCAAUGUGGGUAACAGGAACGAACAUGUUUACGUUAUCUUCCAUAGACCUUUGUGAUGUUUAAACAAUGUGUACAGUAUUUCACAAUAUUCUGGGAGCUCUAUUUCAAGUGGUUUGUUUGAUAUCUACUCCAGUGUAUAGAUUACCUGAUAAAAGUGUCAGUGUACAAAACAUGUUGGACACUCGGAAACUAACUGGCCUACCUCCAGCUGCAACCAAAAACAAAUAUAAAUCUUGGGUAUUUUUUACUUCACAAUUUUGUGAAUAUUUAUUUCAUUUAAAUGUUUGUUACAGAUGUAGGAUCAUCAUUUGAACCAGUUUGCUACAGCAGGAAAAUAAUCCUGCAGCAACAGGAAAUGUUAAUUACUAUGUGGAUUUUAAUGAAUAGACAUUUUUGUAGGGGUUGAUAAAUGUUUCUUACGGGAAAAUCUGAAAUGUCAAAGUGGAAAUACAUCUCAAAUACACAACACGUUUUAAAUGUUGUGCAUUGCAGGAAAGUUAUCCUGCAACAGGGCGAUCAAGUGAAGAUCCUACAUCUGUAAAUAGUGUGAUCUGUGUGCAUGAGGUCAGGAAUGUCCAAAACACUGGAGUUAUGAUAUACCCUACCUAGUGAUGGUGUCCCAGCCUAGAUUUCCAACAUAACUGAUUACAAUCCCUGGAGAACAGGCCCUCCUCUCGUCUCUCCCUUCAUGUGUAGGCCUACUCCCCAGAGCCCCAGCUAGCUGGUACCCCUGUCUGAGCUUCUCCCGUCACUUUAAUGCUGGCAUUAAUGCUGGCAAUAACACCAGAGACUGUCCUAGUUAUUUUUUAUAAAUUGUUUAUUUUAUUAUUUGUUUUAAGUUAUUGAUACAGGUUUACCUUUGUUUUGUUCAGGUUACGCAAUGAAGAACUGUGUAUUUCUGUGUUUAAUGGCCUAUCUUUUGACAUUUUACUGAAUAAUUUAGGUUUCUUUCUCUCUGUUUUAUGGUUUAGCUUGUAUGGCUUGUUUUGUUAAGGGGAAACUUAAAUAUGAAUUGUUGAAUUUAACAUGUUUCGUAAUAAAUUUGUAACAAUCGUUGUA